AUGGCGAUGAACGACCAUCCCCUUCUCUCUGAAACUUCAAUCGGGAACAAAGAGAACGUGGAAGUUAUUAACAAGAAGUCAGAAAUGAAGACUAUUCCUCAAAAUAUAAAUAAGGUAUGUGCGUCAUUUGGAUCGAAUCAAACUAAACCUACUGUUUCUUUAGAAGCAAGUAAGAUCACAACAGCUAGGCCACUGUCGACGAAAUCACCCAUUUCUGGGAGGACUUUAAAGCCCGCAAAGAGAAGAGGACUUGCAAUAUUGCAACCGACUGCAUCGAAUAAAAAUGUUACUGUAACUGGUUUGUGGAAGGCUAGCUCUUCUUGUGGUGAUCAGAAGCAGAAAAAGUUUGAAAUCUUCACGGAGAAGGAUAAAUCUGAACAUGGAACACGUCCUAAAAGUUGCCGAGGCGAAGAAAAUCGUCAAGUGGUUACAAGCAUUGCAGCGACUCAAACGGAUUUUGAAGAAUGGUUGUCUUUAGAAGAAAUGAAAAGUAAGGACAGCCUUGCCGAAGAGGCACUUGCUCUCAUGCGCUCAGAACCAUCUCAAGAACAAUAUUUCAAAACUAUUGCAGAGGAAAGGCGACUGGCGCUGGAAGAAACACUGAAAGAAAACGAAGAACUUUAUGAUGAACUAGACAGUCUGAAAGAAAGAUACGCUUACUUAGAAAAAGCUUUAAAUGAAGCAGAAAAUUACAAAAUUUUGUACCUCGCCAUGUUAGAAAAACAGACUGGAAAUGACAGCGACGAAAAGUGA